AUGGAGAACGAGUCCACGUUCGUCGCCCCAGAAGGCGUCUACUCAGUUACCGAUGAGCACAAGCCAAACCUCAUCCAGAACGUCGCAGCGAACGCCGGAACCCCAAUCUACCCCGCAAGGGUCUCCCCUGUCGUUCUGCGGUUUCCCCCCACGAAACAGGGCGGCGCACCAGGAUUCGCGCAGCUGCUCGGUGGCGGAAAGUCAGAGCCGAAGAAGGACAAGCCAGAGAAGGCCGUGAGGGAUCGCGACGAUGGCGUCAGUCUGUCGAGCAGUGACACCCCAGAUGAAAGUGAUCCUCCACAGACGUCCUCUCAAGAACACGCUGCCGGCAACAACUCGGUGGUGCAUGAGCCGCCCACACUAUUCUCGCGUCCACUGCCCGCCGCUGGAAGGAAGAAGACCGCCGCACGACCGAGGAAUAACAUGAAGACCACCUCGUCCACUUUUAUCACUCGAAUUCAAACUGCGGAGGGGUUGACGAAAACGCUGGGGUCCAAGCAGGGGGACGUCACCUUCAUGUUCUACAACAUGGCCAAAAGCUUCGUGUGGGUGGAGGCAGGUUCUAAGGCGAAGGAACCGUUGUCCAGAAUCACCUUUUCUGCAUAUCCGACUUGCCACGACGUUAACAUCUCUACUGCAACACCUGAUCACCUAGACGUUAUCAUUGGGUUUAACACUGGCGAUCUAAUAUGGCUCGAUCCCAUCAACUCUCGAUACGGGCGUCUCAACAAGCAAGGCUCAAUUACAGGUUCUCCAUGUACGGCUGUACGAUGGGUUCCUUCGUCGUCCACACUAUUCCUAGUCUCUCAUGCCGACGGGACAAUCCUCGUCUACGACAAGGAACGAGAAGACGGCGUCUUCACUCCGGAUGACCCCAACGCACCACCCCUGCCAGACUCUAACGGUCUGACAACGCAAGAUGGACCGCACCAAGAGUGGGAUCCUCUAGACAGUAUCUUCGUGACAAUGCCCCCAUGGCAUCCUGUAACAUCAGGAGGUGCUUUGGCGGCACCUGGGAAGUCAGACAAGGAGAAGGCAGCCAAGAACCCUGUAAGCCAUUGGCGCCUAUCAAGGAGGGGUGUUGUGGACUUUGUGUUCUCUCCCGACGUCAAGUACGUUGCUGCCAUCUCCGAAGAUGGUUGCUUAAGAGUAAUAGACGCACUCGCCGAACAACUUGUCGAUUGCUAUGCAUCCUACUUCGGAGCUCUUACAUGCGUCGCCUGGUCCCCCGAUGGCAGGUUUAUCUUGACUGGCGGACAAGACGAUCUUCUUACCAUCUUUUCGCCUUGGGAACAACGAGUUGUUGCUCGGUGUCAAGGGCAUUCAUCCUUUGUCUCAGCCGUUGGUUUCGACGAUCUCCGGUGCGACGGAAGGACAUACCGGUUUGGCAGCGUAGGCGAGGACAAUAAACUAAUACUAUGGGACUUCUCUAGUGGUGCUCUCCAUCGACCGAAAUUCCAGGCGACCCAUCACCAACGCAUGUCAAUGGCCUCGACGCUCUCCCUAGCCAACCGUCGAGACAAGUCUGUGCAAUAUCUACCUUCUAUGAACUCUCCAGGCCUUGAUGACGCUGUAUCGCGAUACCACCCUGCGCCAUCACGAAAUGAAAUUGCUUUCGUGCAACCCGUCCUUAUCAAGCAACUUGAUUGUGACCUCCUCACAUGUCUGCAAUUCCUCCCUCGUAGCAUUAUGACUGCUACAAAGAGCGGCGUGAUCAAAUUCUGGAUACGACCGCUCGCCCUUCGACCUCGUCAGUCGAAGAACAUCCGAGGAGCACCACUAGCCGAUGCACAGGACUUGAUACCCUAG